CGAUUUAUUUUCAUUUAACGGGUGCAGAUAUGAUGAAUGAAGUAUCUGAUUACCUCACUUUGAUCAAAUUUAUUCAUACUUCUCAUUCAACUUCCUCUGUUUACAUAUUACAUCCAGGAACCACGAAUAAGAAACAUUUCGGUGAUUUUAUAAUACAACAUGUAAUAUUCGACUGGACUCGUCUUCUUCACCGCGAACAGAUAGCAACGGCAUGCGGCACAUUUAAGAAUAUUAUUCAGCUCACGAAACAUUACAAGAAUCUUCGACCGUUGAUCAUCGUUUUCAUACCGAAUAAACGAGCAGCCGAUGAAUUUGCUAAUCGUACAAUGGACAUAAAAAUGUCUUCAUUCACGUGGCUCGUGCUUUUUCUGCCGUCGCCAAGCAGAAUGGAUUCUUAUUGUUACUCUCCACGUGACAAUAUGUUUAAUUUGAUGCUCGAUACUGAAAUGCUGGUACUGUGUGUAGACGACCCUGUUAUACGCGAAUGGUAUUCGAUAGACGGAAAGAAUACGGAGAUUUCCGAUUUUUUAAAAUGGCAUCACGAUGGGAAAUCAUCACAAUUUGAGAUGUUGACAAAUUUAAGCGUGUACGAAAGGAGAAACGAUUUUAGAGGGAGAGUCCUGAAAGCAGUUACUACCAAGAAUACGAUGUUAUUUACGAUGAAGAAUGGCAAAAUGGAAGGAUAUAUUGGUAAUAUAGUCGAAACUCUUCAGAAGGUUCUAAAUUUCACUAUCGGCACUGUAAUUGAAGAAAAAGUAUUUGGAAUUUAUAACGUGUCGACGAAGCGUUGGAAUGGAGCAUUUAGUUUGGUAGCUUCAGGGCAGGUAGACAUUAGUCUAUGUGCUUUCUCGAUGACUACUAAUAGGCUUGGUGUCGUUGAUUUUACGAUUCCCAUUGCUACAGCAGCACAUUAUAUCUAUGUAAAGCAACCCCAAAUGAUUGCGGUGAAAUGGUUCGCCUAUUUCAGGGCUUUCAGUUUCUGUCUUUGGAUGUGUAUAAUUAUGACAACAGUAAUUACUCCGUUUGUUUCGACUUUCAUAAGAGCUUGUGUAGAAUCUACUAAUUCAAAGCAGCUACUAAUCGAAGAGUUCAUGCGAAUUUGGAGCAUCGUUUGUCAGCAAGGCAUUACAGAUGUCCCACGUUACUCGUCGUUGAGAUUAGCAUACUUAGCUGUGUUAAUUACGAGUUUUGUGACGACCGCUGCUUAUUCUGCUUCUCUCAUAUCUUUUUUAACGGGCACCGUCCACGAUGAUUCUUUACGUACAAUCGACGAGCUCCUGAACGAUGGCUCAUACAAGAUCAUCGUUGAAAAAGAUUCCGCCUAUUACGACACGUUCACCUCAUCAUCAGACAGAUUGUCAAGAAGAAUCGAGAAGGUACUGAAACCACCUGAUGCAUUACCAGUUAACGUGAAANCAGCCAGU